AUGCAGCUCCCGGCCGUGCCGGGGGUGUUGGCCCCCUCCCUGCUCGCCAUCCCCGUGGCCUUCGGUGUCAACAGUGCGACCGCCUUGGCCGACAGCCCCCUGGCACUGGUGCUGACAGAGCUGCUGGUGCUCACCAUCCUCUUCUUCAUCAUCUUCUUCGUGACUGGAGUGAGCCACUUCCAGAACCCUCUGUUCUGUGUCUUUGUGGUGCUCUCCUUCAUCUCCAUCAUUGACCUGAUCAUCUCCCUGGAGGAGGAUGGCUUCAUCUCUGGCUUCGUGGAGGUCUACGUCAGAGAGGGUGAGCCCUACCUGCGCACAGCUCACGGCAUCAUGAUCUGCUACUGGGAUGGCAUCGUCCACUACGGCCUCUACCUCGCCAUGAUCGCUGCCAUCGGCCACAGAAGGAGCUACAGGAGCCUGGGUCUCUUCUGGCUGGGCUCCCUGCUGAUGAGCAUCGUCGUCUUCCUCCUUGGGAACCUGCUAGGGAAAUACAGCUCCGACCUCAGCCCUGGCUUCCUCCUCAACCUGCCCUACCUCCUCAUCCCCAUCUGGGCUGGGAUGAAGCUCUUCCAGCAGCCCAAGGUCCUGCCCUGCCUCAGCCCCGAGAAGAUUGCCGAGGAGCAAGGGAAGCGUCUGUACCGGCGGCCCCUGGACGUGCUGCUCCUCCUGCUCCUGCUCCUCGCCGCUGCCUUCACCUUCUUCAGGGGCAUGGUGGUUUUGGACUGCCCGGCUGAUUCCUGCUUCGAGUACGGCUACCAGCAGGAGCCCUACCUGCGGGACCCUGUCGCCUACCCCAAAGUGCAGAUGCUGAUCUACUUGUUCUACUUCCUCCCCUUCCUCUUCCUCUGCAUCUACGGACUGCUGCUGCCUGGCUGCUCCUGGCUGCCCGACUGGAGCUUGGUGUUCGCCGGCGCUGUGGCGCAGGCUCAGUUCUCCCACGUGGGCUCCUCGCUGCACGGCCGAACCCCCUUCCCCUACCAGACCCCCGAGGACGCCUGGGGCAGCUUCCUCCUCUCCAACCUCCUCUACGCCCUGGCGCCUCAGCUCCUGGCCCUCCGCUGCCUGCUCUGCCCAGCGUUCUUCCUGCCCUCCACUCCUGCCAGCUCCCACUUCAGCAAGAAACACCAGUGA